GUUAUGGUGAUUAAGCUUGGGAUUUGUAUUUUUUUUUGUCAAAUUUCAUAUCUGUUUGAUUUUGGUAGAAUUUAUCCUGUUUUGCUUAAGGAGGGGCAUAAAUAAUAGAAUUUGACUUGGUUUUAGAGCAAUUGGAUCUACCAAUAAAUAUAAGGGCCAGUCCUUUCCUCACUGUAAACAUGAAGGGGAAUGUUAUACCUUUUUCCUUUGCAUAUAAUUUUAUAUUAGAUAGAACGACACCUCACAUGAUCUUUUUAAUUUUUUAUUGUACGAUCUGUUUUUUUUUUUUUUGUCAAUAUUAACACUCUGUUUGGAUGAGUUGAUUGUGUAAAAAGUGAAAGUAUAAAAAGGUGGAAAUAGGAAAAGAAGGGAAAAUUAUAUAUACUCUUUUUUUUAUAUAAUUUAAAAGGAUUGUAAAAUAAAGAAAGAUUACUAUAAAGUCUAUAAUUAUGAAAAUAGUCUUUAAAUUUGAGAAAAAUGAAAUUUUAGAAAAAUGAAAUUCUAGUAUCUAUAAAUCUAGUAAAAUUUCCUUACCCCCAAUACAAACAGAGCCUAAAAGUGAAGUGUAGAACUCAAAUUUAGUAACUUGUCAGUUUAGUUACCUUCCAUUUUACCAGUAGGUUUGUUCUUUAACAUAGUCAUGGAGUGCUGGCAAGUGAUUGUUGCAAGGAAGCGAGUUUUUGACCCACAGGAGCCAUUUCUUCGAAGGUGUAACAAGAUAUUCUUAGUAUGUUGUGCAGUUUCUGUCUCACUAGACCCCUUGUUCUUUUAUGUCCCUGAGAUUGAUAAUUCUAGAAAAUGCCUUCGGUUGGACAAAAAGCUGGAAACAGUGGCUGCUACUCUGCGUUGCGCCUUAGAUAUCUUUUACAUAUUCCACAUCAUUCUCCAAUUUCACACUGGUUUCUAUGCUCGUUCUCAUAUAGUAGUUGCACGCAGUGAUCUUGUUGUAGAUUCGUGGAUGAUAGCAAGAAGGUAUUUGAAAUUAUACUUUCUGAUUGACAUUCUGGCAACACUUCCACUCCCACAGGUGGCUAUUUUUUUUAUCAUUCCAAAAAUGGGAGGAUCAAACGUUUUGAAUACCAAAAAUUUGUUGAAAUUUAUCGUCUCGUUCCAGUUGGUUCCAAGGUUACUUCGAUUCGGCAAACUGUUUCAAGAAACAGUGAACAGUUCUAAUGGGAGGUCAGGACUCUCAAGGAAUAGAGUCGCAGUGGCUCUCACUUUUUACAUUUGGGCUGCCCAUGUUCUUGGGGGAUUUUGGUAUUUGUUCGCUAUAGGACGGGAAAUGGAUUGCUGGCAAGCAGCUUGUGGAAGUCAUGCUGAAUGUAAUAGCAGUGCAUUGGAUUGCAAUGGACUUUCUAAAGAUGAAUAUUACCAAAAGGUUCACAUGAUUUUGAAUACUAGCUGCCCUACUGAUUUCGAGGGUGGAUCACCCUUUGAUUUUGGCAUAUUCAUCAAUGCCCAUAACUCUGGCAUCCUGGAGUCGACAAAUAUUUGGCUGAAGCUCAUGUACUGUUUUUGGUGGUCUCUACAAAAUCUGAGCACUUUAGGUCAGAACCUCAAAACGAGUACUAGUGUUCUGGAGAUCUUCUUUGCGCUUGCCAUUUUUGUUUGUGGCUUGGUGCUCGUCUCCUUGGUCAUUGGUAUUAUACAGGAAACCAUGUUGUCAAUGAUGUCGUCAAGGAUAGCAACAGAGAAGAUGAAGAUGAAAUGGCAAGAAGUAGAAAGCUGGAUGGACACUCAUUUCCUUCCGGACGUAUUCCGAGAGGAUGUUAGGCGAAACCAACAACUCAAAUGGGAAAAGAACCAAGUUCUUGAUGCAGAUAAUCUACUAAAUAAUCUUCCCAGCAACCUUAGAAGGGACAUAACACGCCAUCUCUGUGGGGAUAUAAUAAAGAAAGCGCAAAUUUUUGAAGAUCCGAGUGAACAACUUGUGGAUGCAAUAUGUGAACGACUCAAGCAGACGGUAUAUGCAGAGAAAAUCUAUGUCCGUAGAGAAGGAGACCUAGUUGAUGAGAUUGUCUUCAUCAUUCGAGGCGAAUUAUUAAGCAUUAGAAACAGCAGUGACAGAAAUGGCUUGUUUAGCUCUGUAUACCUUAAGGCUGGUGAUCUUUUGGGAGAAGAAGUGGUGUCGUGGGCCCUAAAUCCCAUCUCUUCCGUGUAUAACCUUCCUAUCUCGACAUCAUCUGUUCGAACCCAUACUGAAGUUGAAGUAUUUGUCCUAAAGGCUGACGACUUAAAAUUUCUUAUUGCUCAAUUCAAGCUUCAUCGAAAACAACAGUAUGUACCCAAGUUAUACUCACAAUAUUGGAGGACUCGGGCAGCAUGCUUGAUACAAGCUGCUUGGCGAAGGUCUCAUAAAAACAAGCCUGCAGACUUUCUCCUUCAAGAGGACAAUAGGAUGGAAGAAGCAUUAGCCAAGACAAGUAGAAACAACUUGCUAAGUUUAGGUGCUACCAUGUAUGCCUCGAGAUUUGCUGCUAACGCACUCCGUACUCACAGGCAUACUCGCAUUUGUGAGCCAAGCUUAACGGAGAAGCCUGCAGAACCUAGCUUUACAGCCAAAGAACAUUAUGUGUGAAGAUACUAUUAAUUCUCUGUUAUUUUUCUAUUUGAUUGUGAUGCUAAUCGACAUUAAAUUUAGAACUAAUUCAGCUGUAAGUAAUAACUCUGGUGUUUCUGCAAUUGCAUGUAUGCUAGUUCAAGCCCUUACUCGAAAUGAUGCUGAAUUUUAGAGGUUUUUGUACUUCAUUCUAUUAAUUUCCUAUAAAGUGUUCUUUUAUCUA